AGAGCAGCGCUAAUCGUAUUGAGCGAGCAGGAGCUCCUCCUCCAUCGCGCCAUUCCCGUGAGAGGAAAGCCCUUGUCGGUCUCUGCUGCAAGAGUCUGUGUCCUGCCUCAGUUCUAAUCUCCCAUCUGACCCUGACAUAACCAGUGUAAUAAUAGACGGUACGACGAAUUAAACACUACACCAUCAGCAGUCGCCAUGGCUUCCGGCAAUGAAUGCAGCUAUGCCUUUGAGGAUUACAAAGAGACAGCUGACUGGCUUCUGGCACAGACUGAGCUGCGUCCGAAGGUGGCUGUUAUCUGUGGCUCCGGUCUGGGAGCCUUUGCUGAGCUGCUUGAGAACCAGACUGCCAUCCCCUACAAGGACAUCCCCCACUUCCCACAGAGCACAGUGCAGGGUCAUGCUGGGAGACUGGUCUUUGGGGAGUUCGAUGGAAAGCCUUGUGUGUGUAUGCAAGGAAGAUUCCAUUUCUAUGAGGGCUACCACAUCAGCAAGGUCACCUUUCCAGUGCGGGUGUUCCACCUCCUGGGGGUGCAGACUCUCAUUGUCACCAAUGCCGCUGGGGGACUGAACCAGGAUUAUAAAGUGGGGGACAUCAUGUUCAUCAAGGACCACCUCAAUAUUCCAGGCAUGGCUGGACUCAACCCCCUGGGUGGACUCAAUGAGGAGCGGUUUGGCGUGAGAUUUCCAUGCAUGUCUGAUGCCUACGACAAAGACAUCUGCAGCAUCGCCAUGGAAACUGCCAAGGAGCUGGGCUACGCUCCUUUCAUCCAGCAGGGGGUGUACACCAUGGUAGCUGGACCUUCGUACGAGACGAUUGCAGAAUGCAACAUGCUCCGAAUGCUGGGGGCAGAUGCUGUUGGCAUGAGCACCAUUCCGGAGGUGAUCCUGGCCAGGCACUGUGGGCUGCGUGUGUUCGGCCUGUCCCUUAUCACCAACAAGGUUGUGAAGGACUACGACAGCCACGAGAAGGCCAACCACGAAGAGGUCCUCAGGACGUCCCAGCACCGGGCAGAGAACUUGCAGAAUCUGGUCAGCUGCCUCGUGGCCAAGAUAGGGUAGAUACAAAUAACCAUGCUCCGAACCCCAUGGAACAAGACCCGCUGGAUAGGCCAACAUCAGAGGUCCAUCUGGGAUCUCGUCUAUAAAUAUAGUCUAAUAGCUCUCAUUUCAAACUUUUCAGCUAAAAGCCUUUCUUACUCAGAUCUGUCUGAACUGAAACACCAAACAGUUAAUUCCACAUCUUGCAAGAUCUCAGAGAAGUUUGUCACUGUGGCCUUGGUUCUGGAUCUCGAUACCAAGGAGCAUAUCCAUCCUCUGCAGAUGCAGUGGGAACAUGGGCAGGCAGUCAGUCAAUAUCCAGGCUGGGCUUGAACCUGUAUCCUGAAACAAUAGGGCUAGUAACCUUUGAGCUUCCAUGUCUAGAGGACACUCGAUGACUGGUCUAUCUUAAAUACAGUCACAAGUGGGCCAUAUACAUAUACAUAUACAUAUAUAUAUAUAUAUAUAUAUAUAUAUAUAUAUAUAUAUAUAUAUAUAUAAAUGACCAGGUAUUGAAGAUAUUUUUGAUUUAUCCUAUUUUAACGGUUUUGUUUUAUUUUUAGUUAUCGUUGUCAGUGACAUGACAAGGUUAUGAGUAUUAGCCUUUUAAAAUGUUUGGAAGUUCCCAUGGAUCGGCUGUGUUUUUUUUCCUAAUCAGAUGGUUUUUAAUACAUUACGCAUUCACACGCAAACUGUAGCAGCCCAAACAUCAUCCGGCAGGUGUUUAAUAAUCAAGUUGUAUCUGUGAUUGCCCUUACUAAAUUGCUCUGAACAUGGGGGAGUGGGCUAGUCUAAGAGAGAUAUUCAGUAUCUUUGUACUGUAUCAAUACUAAAAGCAAUGAUUGAACACCAUUUCAGUCGUAACCUCUGCUACCCCAUCUAGGUGUAACCUAGGGAACCCGUAAAUGAACAUACUUUACAUACUCAAAGCAAAUACAAAUGCAUUAGCAGCAAAUUGGCAUCCGUAUUAAAAUCAGUGGAAAAUGCACAGCUCAGUUUCUUCACAGCAGCACAGGAUUACUCUUCACAAUUUAGUUUCCAAUGCACUUGAGUCCAAAGUGCUAUUCUUGUUAUUUUUCAAACAGUCCUCACUAAGACAAAAGUGCCUGUCCAUUUAACAAUUCCUAAGUCAAGAAAAAUCCAUCUGCAUGCAUUCUCACAUUAUACAUUGCACACAGUACAUAGAGAAAUAGCAAUCAUUUAUCACGUGGUACAAUCACUAUUGUAUAAACUGCAGCCACAUGUGAAAACCUGUUAAAAAUAUUAAGAAUACCAGAAAUAUAGAGUAUGAAGCACUGCAAUAUCUAUUCUUGUUAUGGUAGUUUUUGGAAGUUAUUUGGAAGUUAUUUUUGCUUAUAAUGCUACUCAGUCAUUCAGAUGUUUAGUUAAAAAGUUAAGAUUAGCUUUGAGUCAAACAAACUCCAGUCAUUAAACUCCCAGUCAUUAAACUCCAGUCAUGAAACUCCAGUCAUUAAACUCCAGUCAUUAAACUCCCAGUCAUGAAACUCCAGUCAUUAAACUCCCAGUCAUGAAACUCCAGUCAUGAAACUCCAGUCAUGAAACUCCAGUCUUAACCAGUUAUUAACUAAUUUGCACUUGAUUUAAUUACUUCUAACAAAUCCUGUAGGACUGUAAACUUACUUAUCAGAAGAGAGACACUAAAAAAAUAGUUAUUUAUUAACAAAGUAAUAUAAAAAAUAUCUAGAAGUAUUGAAUACAUGUUUGUGUUGUUGUUUGUUUCGAACAAGGUUGUUUAAAGAGUGUUAGUGUGUAGCGUUCUUCUGCUAUGUACCAGUGCUGAAUGUAACAAAACACUGAAACAUCUAAAGAUUACUAAAUCUAAUAAUAAUAAAAAUUAUAAUACUCA